ACAAACCUAAUGAACUUGCUUGUACUCCAUUUAGACAAAAUAAUUUAAGUAAUACUGUACCAACACUAGCUAAUAAUAGAGCUUGUUCAAUUCAAACAAUCUUUAAUACUUUUUCGUCAUGUAAAAAUGCCAAUAGAUUACCAAUAUUAUUUAAUAGUACAAAUAAUUCUGAAGAUAAAUCUAUGAUAUCUGGAAAUUCUAUUUUGCCAGAACAACGACAACAUAAAAGUUUAUCAUGA